AUGUCCAACCCAACAAAAACUGCUGAUAAUCCAGUGAACUCUCCUCACAGUCGAGAUGCUGGUAACGGGAACAGGAAGAGGAGGGGCAGGGGACAAGGCCGGGGAUGUGGGAGAAGAGAACACGACUCUGAACGUGAACGGUUACGAGCCGUGUCCUACGAAACCAAAGCACUCAUCCCGAAUAUCCUAGCCGCGUCCAAGAAGAGCUACUUAACAGAGGGCUUCCUUUACCGAUCUCCGGCGGCGCCACCCCUCUUAGACCAGAGAUUUUGCCCUGGGUACACCGGCACCAAGAUCCAGGUUCUCAAUGUUGAUACCUUUGAUGCUGGGAUCCGGGAACUCAGUAGCAACAGUAACCCGUCAAGCACCACAGUGACGGAACCCACACCACCCGCUCCCGUUGCUGUCCUGAACAUGGCUAGCGACUUCGCUCUAGGUGGGGGAUGGCUUGGUGGGGCACGAGCGCAGGAAGGAAGCCCUUUGCAGACGCAGCACACUCACUGUAUCACUCAAGCAGUCUUUCUAUCCCACGCCCGCUAA